CCGAACCUGGUUCUGUCUUUGUGUCUCAGAAUCGAUCCUUCGCUUUGACCUCCACCCAGUCGGACAUCUCUCAGCCUUACCAUCCCGUCUUACAGCAUCAGCUUCAGACACAGAAUCUAGAGACAUAAUUCUACGACGGCGCGCAAAACCGGGCACUACGUCUUCUCAUUUACCCUAUAGCCUAUCUUCUGCGCCGCGACUACGACGAGACUGUAUAAGCAUAGACAUCGGCGCCGUCCUCGGACCUGCCCUCGCCAUCAACGAUGGCGACUUUAACCUCCAAGCUCCUCGCCAACGCGGUGCAACUCGUGCCUCGCGCAACAGGUACUUCCUACGAUGACCGCAAAAACUUCCGAGACUCGUGCACGCUCGAGACAUGUCCUCUCAGUUUGUCGUACUGGGGGUAUCGGCCCUCUCUCCCGGCCAAUGCGCUUUUCAUUGGAAUUUUUGGGCUCUCGACGCUGUUGUUUAUCGUCCAAGGCGCCUUGUCAGGGAGGUUUCUAGGCUUUACCAUCGCUAUGGUAUGCGGCUGCGCAUUGGAAGUGGUGGGUUAUGUGGGCAGAACGCAGAGUUACUUCAACCCGUUUGGAGAGAACCCCUUCCUCAUUCAAAUAGUCUGCCUGACAAUCGCGCCUGCCUUCCUCGCCGCGGGCAUCUACCUCUGCCUCAGCCGCAUCGUCGUAACCUUUGGCCCGCAAAACUCACGCAUCAAGCCGCUCUCCUAUCCACGCAUCUUCAUUCCAUGCGACGUCGCCUCGCUGCUCCUCCAGGCCGCAGGUGGCGGUCUCGCGUCAUCUGCCUCUCAUCAAAACAAAGACCCCACUGCUGGGAACAACAUCAUGAUUGCGGGACUGGCCGUUCAAGUAUUCACCCUCUUCAUAUUCAUCCUCCUGUCUCUGGACUUUACGAUCAGGAUGGUACGAAGAAUCAGGGAACUCGGCGCGCAGAGUGCAUUGGAUCCUACGCAUGCUAAACUGCGGUCGAGCUGGGCAUUCAAGGGGUUCCUCACUGCGUUGUCACUUGCGACGCUGUGUAUCUUCACGCGGUCAGUGUACCGUGUUGCGGAGCUGAGCGAGGGCUGGAAUGGUCAUUUGAUCAAGACGCAGAAGUAUUUUAUUGGGCUCGAGGGUGCGAUUAUAGGGGUAGCCGUGCUGGCACUUAAUGCAUUCCAUCCAGGUCUGUGCUUCAGGGAAGGCUACGACGCCAAGAUGGGAGGUUGCGGCUGCUUUGGGAGGAAGAAGAGGGUUGAGGGGGAGCAGAGUGCAGCGGUUAGUACGGAGGAUGUUGCGAGGGAGGAGAAGUGAUGGAUAUGGUUUACAUUUCCUUUACAGGCGUAUAAGGAUUACAGACAGUAAAAGCGUACAUCCCGAGGUCGAAAAGGCCGAAUA